AUGCCUAGGUAUAAUAACAGGAAAUAUAAACGUGGCAGAUUUAGCGCGGAGGAGGAUGCAAAAUUGAGAGAAUAUGUUGAAAAAAAUGGUGCCAGAAACUGGAAAAGAGCCUCGUGUCAUGUCGUCACGCGAGAUGCAAAACAAUGCAGAGAGAGAUGGUGUGGUCAUCUUACGCACGGAGUUAAUAAGGGUCGAUUUACACCUUCGGAGGAUAAUUUAAUAACCUCCUUGGCCCUUUCUGGAAGCGUCGGAUGGGCAGCCAUUGCGGAGAGAGUGGGAAAUGGACGUACUGCUAAUUCAAUUAAAAACAAUUGGAAUCAACGUUUAAGUAAGAUGUUAAAAUAUAAUCAGAAUGGACAUGUGGAAACUCAGCAUCCUGAGGCUGCACAGCAACAGCCCUCAGUCGUUGUUCAAGCGAGUGAUCAUGCUAUUGAAGGUACUGAGUAUUCUUCAAGUGUCGAUCGGAGAAAUAUACCUGAUAUUGAGUGUGCACAGGGCCUAUUGCUUCUAGUUACCACCAGUAUGAAAGAAAGUAUGAAAGAAAAUGACUCUGCGGAACGCAGAAGUCCCAAAGCAGAAGAGUAUAUACCUUUGAUAAAUGACAGGCAAGUGAUUUCAUCCGGAUUUUCUUUUAACGGUACUGCAAAAAAUUUACAUGAAUAUUCACUUAUAGGACGCAAGAUAAAAUGUCUAUUGCUUAUCUGUUGUUGGAGUCUACCUGACUAG